AUGCCAACAACUCUGGAAGCUUUGGCUAUACAGCCAGUCAAAUGGCCCAUAUCUUGGAUCAUCAGGCAGUUAGUCGCCAUAUGGCUAGUGUUAAUUCUGACUUGGCUUCCCGACCCAAAGAGGGCAUCUUGGGAAAUACAGGAGGAGUUGUCUCGAUCUGAAAAAGAGGCUGCGAACAAGAAGGCAACAGGUCUCGACAAAGGUUUUGUCAAAUACUUUUCUCAGCGUCACAAAGCCGCACUUGCUACCACUGCUGUUGUAUGA